AUGUACGCAACGCCGUUGGCAAUUUCUGUCGUCAUCUUAUGGCAUCUACUGGCUCAUCAGGCUACGGCCAAGAAUGACCUUGAGCUGCAGUUCGUGAACUUUACAUGCACUCGAGGCAGCCAUCCAAAUGCGAAUCUCUUGGCAAGCGUCAACUGUGGCCUCAGCAAGAAUCCGAAACGACGCACGUUGAAUAUGGAAUUUGUGUUGGUGAAACCGCUGGAUGUGUACGAUUUCGACAUAGUCAUUGUCCUGCCACGCCGCACUCAGAAGUUUGUCGUGCUCAAUGUGACCACUGAUGGCUGCCAGUUGCUCUCCAAUAAGAAUCAAGUAACCCUCUUGCGCAUCAUACGCGAGAUACUUGACCGUUACAGCAAUUUUCCCAAGCAUUGCCCCUUAAAGCAAGACAAAGCCUACAAUAUGCGCGGCUUUCGUCUGGAUCUGAGUCUGAUACCAGCUGUCACGAUAGAAACGCCAGUUUACGUAGAAUUCAGCUAUAUCAGCAAGCAAGUGGUUCUCUUCACAGGCUACAUUGCGGCCAGUGUGCAACAAAUCAGUGACAAGAAAAAUAAGAAGGGUGCCUAA